AUGGACGAGAUCCUUGCAAAGGAGAUGCCCCCGGUUACCCAGUGGAAGGCCGUUCUCGACUUGCUUCUGAAGGAAAGCCUUGCCUGGAAAGCUACCUUGGAGCCCAGUAUGCUACUGGUUCAUCAAUUGAAAAGGUCCGGUUUAGGUGUGAAUGGCCACAAUUGCCAUUCGAAAGCAGCCGGCAUCUUGAAGGCGGGCUUUGACAAGUCCUACCUCCACUCCAGCUGCUUCCAGCUUUCUGAGAAUCCCGAUCUUCGGGCGAGACAGGUCGCCUUCAAUCAGAAACAGGUCGAACAAGCUGGACAUACGACACAGUUCCUCAAAGCCCUUUGGGCUGGCUGCCGCACCAGCGAGGGUUCGCUUGCCACGAACGGUUUCUUGAGCAAGGAGGUGCUGUGCGGGAAGGACCCUGUCCUCCGGGAGGUGAUGUUGCACGGCUGGUCCUGGGUCAUCGUCUCUUGGGCAGUCGAAGAAUGCUAUCUGGAUCUUCCAAAGCUUGCGGAGCGAGCUCUGAACUCCAGCAACUCAGCCUUUCAGGCUCAGUCCGAGCUGGAACUGGCCUUGCACAUCCUGGAUCUCGCCUCAGGCAUGCAGCAGCCUGACUUCAAGGCUUUGGCAGCUGAAGCUUGUCAUGCCGGGCCCGUGAAGAACUACUCCUCCAGCAUAGUCAAGUGGCUUGGGUCCUACAGCAACAAAGGCGACUUCGCCAAGUUUCUAGGGAUCUUCACGAAGGAGUUCGGGGACAACUACAAUGUUGGGGAGGAGUUUUGGGUCAUGGCUGCUGGCAACAUGUUUGCUGAAGUGCCUCUGCUGAGGCUGGCAAUGCUCGCAACCAAUUUCACAGCUCCAAAGAACAAGAUCCAGGACGGACAUGCUCGGCUCUUAACCCGAUCGGACUGGGACAAGUUGAAGGGCAACAAACUGCAGAAGCAGAUCUUGGAUAUGGACCAGAAGCUCUUUCAGGCUUACCAGAAGGUUGAAGCAAGCUUUUCGGACCUGGCAGCCAUCAGGGCUUUUGGCAUGCUCUUGAUUCGAUGCUGCAUGCACGUCUUGCAGAAGGAGAAGAUGGGCAGGGAGACGAAAGUGUUCGAGAGCAUGGACGAGAUCUUUGAGGCCUUUGAGGUGCAGCUUGGAAACAUCAACUUGGCCGCUGCAGCUCCUGCUGCUGCAGCUCCUGCUGCUGCAGCUGCUGCACAGCAGACUGCUUUGCCAUCUUCGUCGUCCUCUGCGGGUGGGGCAGCCCAACAAGCGGGAUUGGUUUCGCUGGGAGAAGCAUACGAUGUUUUGUUCUUGGCCAAACAGAAGAUUGAGAUUGCCGUCGGGAAGCACUACACCUACCAGAACAAGCUCUGGAAGCUUCGAGAAGCAGACAGCAACCAGCUCGUGCUGGAGCUUCUUGACUUGUUCCAGAGCGAGGAGGUGACCAUCGAGACCAGCCAGUGUUGGAAACACUUGCGAAUUUCCAAGCUUCCUGCACCUGUGUUCACCGACAAGGCAUUGGCUGCCUCCAGAGAGCCGCAUGCGAGUUGCAGUACAGAGGCCCUUAUGGCUGAAGUGUGGUUGACCAUGCUGAAAGUAUGCCCAAAGCUUCAGCCCAAGAACAUUUGGAGCUUGAUCGGUGUGGUUAACAGCAGCCGGAAGGCUUAUGCCUUGAAGAAGAUCCCUGCCGGCGAGUUGUGCCUCUUCCCUGCGACGGAUGCCAUCAACAAGAUCACCACGAAGGCACCCGCUGACGAAGAAGAAGAUGGGACAGAUCAGGAUAACAAGGUUUCAGGCUGCAUUGCGCCAUACUGGUGGUUGGAUCCCGUGAAAGAGCCGUGCAUGACCUGGGAGGAGAAAAGUCAUGGUGGCAUCACUGCUUGGUGCUUGGUCAACAGCGAGAGCCUGGAUGAAGGAACCUUGCUCGCUUGCCCCCAAGCAGAGGAGGCGGAGCCCGAGGCAUCGAACAUCAAGGCGAAUCAGAAGAAAUCUGCUGGCAAGAAGUCUGAGCCCCCCAGCAAAAAGCCUAAAGCCUGA